AUUGGAGACCAAAACUACAAGCAAUUCAUCAUUCGUUACUCAAUUAUCACAAUCACAACCUCUAAACACUCGAAUUCCAGGUACCCCUAGAAAAUCCGACCAGCCGCCAAGCCGACAAGAUGAGCGUCGCUUCAACGGUAUCUUCGGCGCUGUACCCGCGGAUGGGAUGGAUCGGCGAGAACUGACUGACUUGAACUGUCACUCGACUCUCAAUUUAUACUGACAUAGCUACCAGGUCUCGGAUCGAUGGGUCUCGGCAUGGCCACGAACUUGCAGAACCAUCUCAAGACGCACUUUGCUGGCAGCCUUCAGUUUCACAACCGGACUAUGUCCCGAGGCGCUCCGCUGGAGAAAGCCGGAGGAGCCCCACAACCGAACAUCGUCAACCUCGUCAAGAACACAGAUAUCGGGUUCAUAUCUCUCAGCGACGAUAAAGCACUCGAGGCGACACUGGACGCAAUCCUUGACAACACAGCCGCAGGUGAUCUGACCGGCAAGAUCAUUGUCGACACUUCCACAGUCCAUCCCUUGUCAUCUGCAAAGGCAAAGGAUAGGUUGGCAGCCAAGCAAGCCCAGUUCGUUGCUGCGCCUGUGUUUGGGGCAAGCCCAAUCGCCGCGCAGGGUAAGCUGCUUUGGAUCGUGGCAGGACCUGAUGACGCCGUAGAGAAGAUCAAACCUUUCAUUGUCGGCGUCAUGGGUAGAGGCAUCAUCCGUUUAGAAGAAGAUGUGCAGAAGGCCAGCAUUAUGAAGACAGCUGGAAACUUCGUCACCGCGGGGAUGAUGGAGCUAGUCGCAGAAGCUCAAGUAUUUGCAGAGAAGUCUGGACUCGGCAGUGAGGCAAUGGAAGACCUUCUUGGGCAGCAGUUUGGACCCUUGGCACAAGGCAUGUCUAAGCGUCUGACAACGGGUGCCUACUUGCCGCCUCGGGAUGAGAGACCGUGGUCUGACCUGUCCCUGGCAAUGAAGGAUGUCGGGCAUGGCCUGAGCUGUGCAGAACAGGCUGGUGUGCGUCUCGAUAUCGCCGAUAUUGCUGCCAGGCAUCUGAAAGAAGCGAAGAAGAUCUCAGACACUCAAGGGCGGCCCUUUGAUUCUUCGUCAUUGUAUGGGGUGGUGAGAACGGAAGCUGGGCUCGAUUUUGAGACGGAUUUGAUCAAAAAGAGAGAUGGCUCUGCUUGAUUGGGAUCUGCAUCUUUUCCCAUGUAUAUGUAUGGUAGAAUAAACUCGCAAAUGCUGUAAUCCUGAUUACCACGAAUGGCC